AUACUGUUGAACUAAUUUUAUCAAUAAAGCAUUAUGGCAAAUGAAGAAUUUUCUAAUCCUCUGCCCCCUGAGCAUUAUCAUGAGACUGAUGGCAAUGUUAAUGAGCAACCUCUAACCAAUGCAGACUUUCGAAAAUUUUUGACGACCCCUAAAGCUGGUGGUGAAAAAACUCACGAUGAUCGAGCGAAACGAGUCUCAGCGUCCCAAUCAGAAUUUGAUUCAGAAGAUCAUGAAUCGGCUGCUGAAAAAAGAAGAAAAAAGAAAAGCUUGUAUGCAAAACUUAAGAAGCAAGAAAUGGAAAGGCAGGCUGAACUUCAGAAGAAAUAUAGAGAUCGGGCAAAAGAGAGGAGAGAAGGUAAAGGAGAUUAUGCUGAAUCUGAUCUUAUCAAUACAACUGCUAAUUACAAAACCGUUGGCCCAAGUGCUGAAGCGGACCGAACUUCCGCUGAGAAAAGAAGACAAGUCAUCCAAGAAUCAAAAUAUCUUGGAGGUGACAUGGCUCAUACUCACUUGGUAAAAGGUCUCGAUUUCGCUCUUUUACAAAAGGUUCGAGCUGAGAUAUCGACAAAAGAACGAGAGGACGAAGAACUUGAUAAAGUUUUAUCUGAAGACAUAGAAAACACGAAAGAAGAACAACAGCAGCAACAGAAAGAAGUGGUUACGUUCAAAACAAAAAUGGCAAAAAACAUACACAGACUUGUCUUUCAGUCGCAAAUGAAACUAAGAAAUGAAUUGUUUUUGCCGGGACGAAUGGCGUACGUUUUUCAAGUCGAUGAUGAGUUUGCAGACACAGAUAUUCCCACUACUCUGCUUCGUAGUAAAGCAGACUGCCCAACACUCGAGUCUCAAACAACAUUAUCAACUAACGAUAUUGUUAUUAAUAAACUGACUCAGAUAUUGUCAUAUUUACGUCAAGGUGCUCGCGAAAAGCAUAGAAAGAAGAAAGAUAGAAAGAUAAAGACUGAAAAUGAUAGGCCACAUAAAAGACCCAUUGAAGCGGACAUGAGCAUAUUUGAUGAUAUUGGUGAAUAUGUUCCUACUCUAAAAAAGAACAGAAGCAAGCCUGCAAAAAAUGCUCAUUCUUAUUUUGAGAAACCUAAAAUGGAAGAAGAAAUGGUUGAAUCAAAACAAGCUGUUGCUGCUUCAGUGAAAAAUUUUGUAAAAAAUGUGAAUGAAAAAUAUGCAGGGUCGUCACAACCAGACCAAACCAAAGAAACUAAAAAGCAAAAGAAAGAGUCUGGCAAAGGCAAUCCACUCAUUGGCACAGCGGGGGCAUCUGACAGUUACAUGGAAUGCUAUCCAUCAGCGCAAUACAAUUUAUCAGGUGUAGGAGACGAUAGUGAUGAUGAAGCAGAUUACAGUAAAAUGGAUCAAGGUAGUAAGAAAGGUCCAGUUGGACGAUGGGACUUUGAUACUCAAGAAGAAUAUAGUAAUUACAUGUCUCAGAAAGAAGCAAUGCCUAAAGCUGCCUUCCAGUAUGGAAUAAAAAUGACAGGAGGUCGAAAAACAAGACGAACCAAGGAGCAGAAUGAAAAACAAAAAUUGAAUCGCGAACUGAUGCAAAUCAAUCAAAUUAUUGAAAAGCGAAAGGGUGGAGAUUCGAAUUAUAAGAAAUAUUAACUAUAUAUUAUCAAGUUAUAAGCAUUACUUUGAUCAUAAAAAAAUUCAAGAUUUAACUUGUGAGCAUUACUGUAUUUGCCAAUGUUUUCAUCAUGUUGAAUGUCUGUUUGUUAAAAGUGAUAUUCUCAUAUCAUUAUUUAGUAAAUUGAUUUGUGUAUAUAUAUAUGGAUAGACAAGUAUAGAAUGUGUAAUUUGUCAUAACCGAAUUAUUUUAAUGAGUGCAUAUUUUGGAAUUUUUGCUUUUGAAUGGAGUUUCUUAUAAUUGAUUAUGAUUGUGGUUUGUAUCAUUUAGUCACAUCUUUGCCACAAACUGGUACUGUAGCUCAAAUGGAUGCUCUUUUGUAACUGAUCUCAUAAUUCUGAUAUUUCAGUUUGAAUUUUCUGAAUGUUACAAUAAAAAGUUGUUGAAUUAAUGAUUGUGAUGAUAAAAUCCAAUGAAGUACUUAUAUACCCACUUUUCUCAAGAGUUUUUGUUCUUUUCUCCUAAAAUUCAUUAAAAUGCAUGGAGACUGCCACUAUCUGAAAUUUUACAUUGGGCAUUCAUAAAUGUUUGUUAAUAAUGUCAAUCGAAGGUUAUCAACCUUUAUCAGUUUAUUGAAUGUUUGCUCUUUUUAUUUAGAAAA